CUCAUUGCAGCGAUGAACAGAUAAGAGAUACAAGCGAGGGUGACUGUAGCAAAUACCGAUGGAUAGAACUGAGAAUACACAGAACAUGUCAAGUUAGAAUUCCUCAUGUUUUGUAGUUUAACGUACAUAGGAAUUAAAAUAAAACCUAUCCGUUCAAAGAGGGGAUUGUACGAAACAGAAGGGUUUGUGUGACGUUAGAUGACUAGCUAACGUUGGGCAACGGCAGUCAAAUCAGUUUUACUGAUUUUAUAACCGACGUCGCCGAUAUUACGAAGUGCGCAUAUCGUCAUCCAACCCGGUCUUCCUCAUUGACGCAGUCCGAAGAGUGUACUGGUUCGGAGAAUGCUAAAGAAUGAGUCAAAGGGAUACCCUGGUUCAUUUGUUUGCCGGAGGGUGUGGGGGAACAGUGGGUGCUAUUCUGACUUGUCCACUAGAAGUGGUAAAGACCAGACUACAGUCCUCUCAUGUCACCUUCUACAUCUCUGAGGUGCAGCUCAGCACCGUCAACGGGGCCAGUGUGGCCCGCAUGGCUCCCCCGGGACCCCUCCACUGCCUCAAGUUGAUACUGGAGAAGGAGGGACCUCGCUCGCUGUUCAGAGGCCUUGGGCCCAACCUGGUGGGUGUGGCUCCUUCCAGGGCCAUCUACUUUGCAUCCUACUCCACUGCCAAAGAGAAGCUGAAUGGCGUGUUUGAGCCCGACUCGACGCAGGUCCAUAUGGUGUCUGCAGGCCUAGCAGGGUUCACUGCUAUCACGGCAACCAAUCCCAUCUGGUUGAUCAAGACCCGGUUGCAGCUGGAUGCCAGGAACCGUGGCGAGAGGCGCAUGAAUGCGUUUGAGUGUGUGCGGCGGGUCUACCAGGCGGAGGGCUGGCGGGGCUUCUAUCGGGGUAUGUCUGCCUCGUAUGCCGGCAUCUCCGAGACGGUCAUCCAUUUUGUCAUCUAUGAGAGCAUCAAGCGCAAGCUGAUGGAGUCCAGGGCCCAGGCCAGCAUGGAUCAGGACGAGGACGAGUCGGUGAGGGAUGCCUCAGACUUUGUGGGCAUGAUGCUGGCCGCCGCCACCUCCAAGACCUGUGCCACCUCUCUCGCCUACCCCCACGAGGUGAUCCGCACCCGGCUACGAGAGGAGGGCAGCAAGUACCGCUCCUUCUUCCAGACAUUACUGACAGUACCUAAGGAGGAGGGCUACCGCGCCCUGUACCGCGGUCUCACCACCCAUCUGGUCCGCCAGAUCCCCAACACCGCCAUCAUGAUGUCCACCUACGAGAUGGUGGUCUAUAUGCUACAACGCUAGCCUCUCCCCUUCCUGUCUGGAGAGAAAGAGGGAAGUGACUGACUUGGUUGGGCAUAUCUAAGAUGGAGACCAAAGGAAAACUGAUAUGGACCAGAACCAAGAAGAAAGAACAGGAGCCCCCCUACUCCCCAUCCAAACACCUCACACCCUAAUCCUACAGGCUGACCCUCAAGGGGGCUCUAUGGUCUGGGGACAGAGAGAAACAGUUGGGUCAGUCUUUUUAUAGAGCCUGUCAAACAGGAGAUGUCUCUGAAGGAAAGACGGAUAUCAUGUUGUGGCCUUUAAAGAGUUUUAAGUUUGUUGCUGUGUCUUUUGUAGAAUGAAACCAAACUGCUUUAGCCUGUAUCGGAAAUUACAAUCUGAAAGGGAAUGCUUGAAAACAAUCGAUCAAAAACUGGUGUCAUAACACUGAACAUUAAAUAAAAUUCUCCAGUAGAUGCAUUUGAUUAAAUUAACGCUUUUUCACUAGGAUUUAGCAUGUAAGCUAAUAUUUGAAACAAGCUUAGCAUGCUCUGUUUCAGUAACUUGACUACAAGCAACCAAAACCACUUCAAUGUGCUUGGGCAUAGAUUCAACAAGUGUCUGGAACUCUAUUGAAGGGAUGCGACACCAUUAUUUCAGGAGAAAUUCCAUAAUUUGGUGUUUUGUUGAUAGUGGUGGAAAAUGUGGUCUCGGGCAUCGCUCCAUAAUCUCCAAUAAGUCUUCAAUCAGGUUGAGAUCUGGCGACUAAGCCCUCUAUUUUCCUAUGAAACCCCUCUUUUGAAGUCCCUGAGAAAAAACUGGGCAUUUUUAUACAUGACCCUAAGCAUGAUGGGAUGUUAAUUGCUUAAUUAACUCAAGAACCACACCUGUGUGGAUGCACCUGCUUUCAAUAUACUUUGUAUCCAUCAUUUACGCAAGUGUUUUCUUUAUUUUGGCAGUUACCUGUAUAUCAAAAGAAAAUAGCAAGCAAACCAUACAUGCACUACGAGUUUGUCUUCAAGCAUUCCCCUGAAGGUCCGAGUUUCCCGUUAUAGUCUGAAGCAAUGCAUAUGGUGCACUGCUGCACAAGGCUAGUGAUCGCCGAUCACAACACAUGCCUCACACUUCAACCAGUGGUUUAUUUGUUUUGAAAGCUGACUAUCAUUUCAGUGUUUUUGUAUAAUGGUAUUGUUUCUCUGAUACUAGUCAUUGUGAAGCACCUAGUUGUCUCAUGAAUGAACUAGACUUCACUGCCCUAAAAGGGUACCAACAUUUAGCAGAGAUCUAUCUAUCGGUGUGAUGCCGCUACUUGAUGAUAAUUUAAGUGUUGAAGCCAGGUUGUGUCAAUGUUUAUUUCAUCACUACUCCCAACCUGAGUGUUUGCAAGACUCUGACUGUGACCAUAAGUGCGUGCGAGAGAAAGUGUGUGUGUGUUGCUGUGCAUUUGACUCUGUUUGUGUGUGUUUGUGGGGUGAGAGCGAACAUCCCUGAUAUCUGGUAGAGUUCCCUCCACUAAAAGAAAAUCAUUUAUACUGAACAAAAAUAUACAUGCAACUGAUUUUACUGAGUUACAGUUCAUAUGAUGAAAUCAGUCAAAUGAAAUAAAUGUAGAGGCCCUAAUCUAUGGAUUUCACAUGACUGGAAAUGCAGAGAUGCAUUGGUUGGUCACAGAUACCUUAUUAAAAGAAGUGGUCCUCACAAUGGGCCUCAGGAUCUUGUCACAUUUAUUUCUGUGCAUUCAAAUAUUAAUUGAUCAAAUGCAAUUGUUCGUUGACAUCAGCAAACCGCUCACCCACACGACGCCAUAAACGUGGUCUGCGGUUGUGAGGCUGAUUGGACGUGCUGCUAAAUUCUCUAAAAUGACGGAGGUGGUUUAUGGUAGAGAAAUUAACAUUCAAUUAUCUGGCAACAUGUGGGCAUUCCUGCAGUAAACAUGCCAAUUGCACACUCCCUCAAACUCUGAGACAUCUGUGGCAUUGUGUUUGACAACUGCACAUGUUAGAUUGGCCUUUUAUUGUCCCCAGCAAAAAGAUGUACCUGUGUAAUGAUCAUGCUGUUUAAUCAGCUUCUAGAUUCUUUGUGCACAACAUUUUAGAGAAAUAAGCUUUUUCUGUAUGGAACAUUUCUGGGAUCUUUUAUUUCACCUAAUGAAACAUGGGACCAACACUUUUCAUGUUAUAUUUUUGUUCAGUGUAGAUCAUUAAGGUUAGGAGCAAGGCCGAGCUACUGUACAUUUGUGGUCCAUCCCAGCUCCUACACCCGAGCCCUGCCUUACCAGUGGCUUCCAACUCAACAUUUAUGACCUUUUGGAUCUUGUGCUUAACAUUCUUGUGUGUGUGGGACAUUUUAAUCUUGUAUUAUAAGAAUAGUGUUACUGUUUAUGCAAAAACUGUAUUUUGCUCAAGUUCCCAUUGCAGAUAUUGUACAGUUGAGUACUUAAUCUUGCAAAGGAUUUUCAUUUGUGUGUUGAUAUAGUACAUGUUUAUGCAUAUCAACUAUUGUGUAUAUUUUGCUUAGAUCCAUGUAUUAUACUGCAGUUUCAGUUGCAAAUUAUUUGUUUUGUUUGUGUACUAUUGUCAAGAUAUUUUAACCUGUUGCAACAUGGUGUGUUGACAUUUUUAUUUUGUUAAAGUUGUAUAUUAUAAUAUUGUAUUUAAUUUUACAUCAUGUAAGGCUUUAUGCUGAAAGAUGGUCUUUAAUUUUAUGGCAUUCAUAAAAUAAUUGGAUUUGGUGUAAAUGACUUAAUUUUUUUUUUUUUACCCUGUUUGCUAUCCAUAGUAACCUCCGUAUCUAAGUGUGUAGACUGCAACAACAUCCUAUCAGCUCUUAACAUUAUAGUCAUUUAGUAGACACUCUUAUCCAGAGCGAUUUUACAGGAGCAAUGAGGGUUAAGUGCCUUUGUUCCAAAUUCUCAAUCUGGCAUUUCAAUAAAUAAAAAUAAAAAACAGAUGGGGCUCAAUCUUACUGAAUAUUUAUAUUACUGUAGUGUCAAUAUGACAAGAUUGUUUUGGCAUUCAAGUUGCCCUGAAGUAGUUUUAAACUGAUUCUAGAUUCCUGAUUUAAAUACUUUUCGGCAGUGCAGAGGCUACAUGGGAUUAUGAUGCGUAUCAUUUAGAUGGAUGUAAAUAUCCUUCUGUACAUGGAAGCUUUCAAGCACAGUGUCUUUAUCUACAAUAGUUGCUCAUUUUCUCAUGCCAAUUUCAACUUAUUUCCUUUCCUUUGAAAUACUGUAUUAAAACCGCAAUGUGAAGGAACAUACUGGAGUCCAUUUCCCACAGACUACAGCGUAGCUGUAAUCGUUACUGUCAGUGCCCUGAUAGUCAUACUGACUUGAAUAACUAGUGUACAAAGGAAUAUCAUUUUCACAAACCAAUAACAGUUCCAUGAACAAUCAACUGUGAUGUAUUUUGUUGUAGAGCAUAGGCUUGCAUAUAAAUGACUGUCCUGUUCUGCUUUCAAUUCAAGACUGUUGUAUUGGAAAUAAAACACACUAUACAGGC